AUCACCCCACCACCGUUCUCUUUCCAUAAUUUCUUACAGCCGUCUGAGAUUCAUCGCAACACCCAUCUGUGAGUGUCUCUAUCCUCCACCGACACCCUUCGCUUCCUUCUUUUCUCUUUGAUUUCUUCAAUCCUGGGGAACCCAAAGUUUGAAGAACACAGAAUCAUGAAGGUCCAAGCAACCCCAGCUUGAAAGAUUAUUCGUUUCCCUUUUUUGUUUUGAUCUUCAUUGACCCAGAUGUAUGCUAUCAAGGACAAGCUCUCCGAGAGGUUCUCCAGCCUCUUCUCUAAUCUCACUACCUCGGGAUCCCCUAAACCACCGGCGCCUGAUUCUCAUACUCAGGCCAGGCCAAAGUCGAAAGGAAGAAAAUCACUGUCUUCAUAUUUAUCCUUAGUAAUCCCGUCCAUACGUGGAUCUAAAUCAACCGAUUCUCACCAAGACACCAAUGAAGUUCAGUCUCCCUCGGUUCGGUUUUGCGAUGCAAACAUUGAUUUCCAGGAGGAAGGCCCAGAUACCCGUUUAGAAUGUACUAUACGAUGCAAGGCGGAAGAAAUAUAUAGUAAGCGCGAUGAUGACCCGGCAUUUGGAAGGAGCACGUGUAGUUCGAAAGUAUUUGAAGAAGCUAUGGAGCAGCCCACUCCAAGGAAUCCGAUAUCAGACCUCACAGAUACAUCCGCUUUUAUCUCUGCCGACUUGUAUGAAUUCCUGGGAUGUUGUCUACCCAACAUUGUGAAAGGGUGCAAAUGGAUCUUACUGUACAGUACAACGAAGCAUGGUAUAUCGCUUCAAACUCUUAUUCGCAAUAGCCACAAUCUUUCUGGCCCUUGUUUACUGAUUGUCGGAGAUACACGAGGCGCCAUAUUUGGUGGUCUUCUAGAAUGCCCUUUGAAGCCUACGCCCAAACGAAAAUAUCAAGGAACCAACCAAACAUUUGUUUUCACAACCAAAUAUGGCGAUCCAAGGCUCUUUAGAGCAACUGGAGCUAACCCCUACUAUUAUAUUUGCUUGAAUGAUUUACUAGCAAUCGGAGGCGGUGGUAGCUUUGCCUUGCGUUUGGACGAUGACUUAUUAAAUGGAAGUAGUGGACCAUGUGACACAUUUGAUAGCUUAUGCUUGGCGCACGACCCAGAGUUCGAGCUGAAAAAUGUCGAGUUGUGGGGUUUCGCUCAUGCAUCGAGAUACUUAACCUGAAGAUGUUUUACGGUUCUUUUUAUAGUUUGUGCUCGUAUUUAAUUACUUGUGAUUAUAUUCUUCAUUUUUCCUUUUGUUCUUUCAACAAUUUUAUUGAAUAUUGAAUUAAAAACUAUCUAUCUCUUAAAGAAGUCUUUUAACUUUCUUUCUUUGUGUAAUAUCAUUCAUUGCUUCAUCAGAUCAACAAUUAUUGUCUCUUGUUGAGUGUUCAUCGAACUAAUGUUUAUUGGGUUUUGAUGCCCUCUUCUGAUGUAAACUCUAGAUUGUUAAUGAAAGUACACGGUAUGAAUUCUAACUUUUCAUGGGGUUCUCCGUCAUCCAAGCCACUACAAAUCGAAUGAAACCCGGUGAAAAAAUGAAGCUUGUUGUAAUGGAAUAGUUCAUCGUCAAAAGAAGAACAAUGGGUUGUACAAGGGAAGUAUCCGGGUUCCCUUGACGAGGCAGACAAAGUGCAGGUAUGCAUCCGAUGAUCCGGUUCAACUUGCUAGCCUUAGCAUCCGUCUUUACCGAGUGAAAGAAGUUUCAAGAGAGAAGCCUAGAAAGGUUAAACAAUUCCAGAAAUGGAGGAGUGAAGCGGACUGAUAGUUUACGAGGUUCAAGAGCGAAGCUGCUUUACUGAGUUCACUACUUUACCACUCGCCAAUAGCAGAUAGACAGGUAAGAGCUCUCUCUGUUCUUGAUCGUAUCGAACUAAUAUCUGCUGUUUUCUUUUUUUUGGUACUCUUGUUUGCAUACUGAUAGAAAUCGUCCCCCUCCCCCUCAAUAACGUGCUUUUCAAAACGGGAUUCUCUCAUUAGUUUGAAAGCCUUAUCAGCUCAUUUAGGUCAUUGAUACGAUUUUCGGAUGCCUUGAAUUACUUUUGCCUAAAGUACCGACGUCGUUAUCUGGAAGGACGACGACGAUGGAGGGAGGGGAGCAAUAGAACAAGAAUAUGUAGAACUUACUAAACCAAAUGCUGACAUGAUAGGGGCAUUUAAAAAGUGAGACAGCCUUUGUAGGCGCUCUGUUCGGGUUCUAAUCUUCAUUAUGGAAACGAGCACACGAGCACGUGAUCGAAGAACUCGGGUACCGAUCGUAAAAAGACUUGAGUUUUGAAUAGCAGAAAAUGGAUCCAUUCAAAGCUUGGAAUAUGUUUCAUCUUUAGUAAAGGCUAGAAAUGUACGUUAAGAUCUAUGGAUUGGAACAAUAUCUCUGAACUGCAAAACAGCAUAAGGUUCAAAACAUGGAGGAAUUUGAGUUA